UCAUCAUCAAAGAUGAUCGUAUUGAAUAGUUCUGAUGGCGCAACCUUCGAGGUGGAGGAAUCAGUGGCUGUGCAGUCGCAAACGAUCAAGCACAUGAUCGAGGACAACUGCGCCGAUACCAGCAUCCCACUCCCCAAUGUUAACGGCGUUACCUUGGCCAGGGUACUCGAGUACAUCAAGAAACACGCUGAGGCAAAGGACGACGAAGAAGGGCUCAAAUCGUUCGAUGCCGAGUUUGUGAAAGUCGACCAGGCCUCCCUUUUCGAAAUCAUCCUGGCCGCUAAUUAUCUCGACAUCAAGGGCUUGCUAGACCUCACCUGUCAAACUGUUGCGGACCAGAUUAAGGACCUCACCGUCGAAGAGGUUCGCGCUAUCUUCAACAUCAUGAAUGACUUCACUCCUGAGGAAGAAGCUAAGCUUCGCAACGACCAUGCCUGGGCCUUCGAGUGAUCAAUUUCUUGUUUUCUAUUGCUAUUUUUA